ACACAGUUUGCAAACAGUGCAGCACGCACAGCCGCCAUCGCCGCGAAUUUUCAAAAAAUAACGAUAGAUCGAUUAAAACAAACAGAGUUGAAGAUGCGCUCCCAUACUAUCGCUUUGCUCGUGUUCGGAAUAAUGGCUGUGGCUUUGGCAUCGCCGGUGCCAGGAGGUCAUCAUCAUCAUGAACAUCAUAUAAUCCACGUGCCUUACAAAGUACAUACGAUCCAUCAUCAUCACACGAAAAAGAUCCACGUGCCCGUACAUCAUAUCGAGAAAGUCCCCAUUCACAUUCCAGUUCCAGUGCAUCACGUCGAAAAAGUACCAGUCCCAGUACCUGUUCACCAUGUCGAAAAAGUAGCCGUGCCUGUUCCAGUUAUACAUAAGGUUCCCGUCCCUGUACCAAUACAUGAGGAGAAACAUGGUUGGUUUUAAACAGACGGCUUUAUCUUCGAUUCUAAUUAUGUUAUAGAUUACCGUACAAGAUGGAAUCCGAGUAAGUAAAAAUUAAUAAAAUUCAAUCCUCAUUGCGGAUCUAUUGAUAAGAAGUUUUCUCGUAAAAUACAAAGAGAACUGAUCAACAAAAUUACUCGCGCCACCAGUACAGCAUUAAGAAUUUAGCAUAAGAACCAAAUAUUCUGUGUGCACGCGUGUGUAUUCAGAAGCGAAAUGCUUGUAUAUAUUUUAC